AUGUCCGUCUCAUUUGGUACGCUUUGGACGCAGCACUUCCCGCCAGCGGGACCGCUCACCGAGGCCAACUUGCCAAACCAGGCUGGAAAGGUCUUUAUCGUGACGGGCGGAUCAAAUGGACUGGGGUACGAGCUUUCACGCCAGCUAUACGGCGCCGGCGGUAAGGUUUACAUCCUUACCCGUUCCAAAGGGCGGACAGAUAGCGCCAUUGCCAAGAUCAAAGCGCAAUACGAGGCCGAAGAUGCUGGAAAGCAGAGGGGAAGUCUGGAAUUCAUACCCAUGGACUUGAUGGACUUCGAGACCGUCAAGGCCGCCGCUCAGCACUUCCUGAAUCGGGAGGGCCCAAACGGGCGUUUGGAUAUCCUGUUCAACAAUGCAGGCACUGGAGCUCGGAAAGACGCUCCGGUUGGGAAACAGGGCCAUGAGUACCACUUUACGACGAACGUCCUCGGCUCUUAUCUUUUGACCCGGCUCCUCUCGCCAAUCCUCUCCAGCACCGCAAAACAGGCACCACCAGGUAGCGUGCGGGUAACAUGGCCGGGGUCUCUCCUCGUCGAGAACGGAAGCCCAAAGGACGGCGUGCGCAAGGAAUUUCUGGACAACACCGGGUCGCCCAAGGACUUGAACAUCGGCCAGGAUGAGCUCUACAGCUCGACCAAGGCGGCGUGCUACUUCCUGGCGUCCGAGUUUGCGCGCCGCCAGCCCAACAGCGGUGGUGUCUUGCACAUUGCCGGCAACCCGGGCAACUACGUCACGGGCAUGUGGGAUCAUGUGCCGAAUUGGCUUUACUUCCUUGUCUGGCCUCUGCUACGAAAUGCCUCACCCCACGGGGCGGACACUUGGCUGUGGAUGGGCUUUUCCGAUGAGGUUACGCUUGAGGAUGCCGCUGCAGGGCGGUAUGCGAUGUGUGAUGGCAGGUGGCAUCCAGGACAGCGAGGAGAUCUCGUUGCGGCAUUGCGCGGACGUGAGGAGGGAGGAACAGGGCGGGCGAGUGAGGUUUAUGACUGGUGUGAAGAUAAAGUGGCCGAGUUUCUUGAGUGA